AGUAAGUGAUAAGUAGUGCAAAAUUUGUGCAUCGAAAACGCGUGGAAAGCAACAACUAAUUAUGGAACUGAAUGCCCACCGGCAGCCCAACUGAUAACAGUAACUUAAUGAAAUCAUAGUCAUUGGCAUUCGUACGAGUCUACACAAUCGGUAUCAAGCAAUAUCUCAGCGUGUACAAGUUACUCCACUUUAAUUUAUUUUAUCAGUAAAGAGACCAGGUUCGGCACCAACAUUUUAAAGCAACUAUUAGAAAUUGUUGAAGUAAGAUUUAUGAAAACGCUAAUGGGCGUCAUUAGCACUUCGGCACCUUAAUAAUUCUAGUAUAAAUUAGGUUUUAAUUGAACACCCGCAACCGCUACUGCCAAAAUUAAAAAACGAAAUUAUCACUGCAAAAAUUUAACAAUAACGUUGGUGUAUUAUCUUAACAGAAUACUUCAAAAUAAACGUAUAAAAGAAAAAAUGUACAAGUUCUCGACUUUUAUCACAACUAAGUAUUGGAUCGAACGGUUAUUUGAUCGCUUUCAAAUAUAAAAGAAAAUCACGUAGACAAAAAAGAACGUCGCGACGUUUACUUCUUAGGAGGAUGUACUCUCAACAAUUAAAAUAUGUGCUUGUGCUAUUGCUUAUUAAUGCGGCAUUAUGUCAAAACAUUAAGGAAGAAAAGAGUUUCACCACUGCUAUCGCGAACAUGGAGCGAUUGCUAAGAACAGAGAUUCAGCUUAUAGCAGAGUUAGAAAACUUUGCCAAUGAAUUACAAACAAAACUGAGUAUCAUACGCAGCGGUGCGGCUAUGAUGCGGCGGGAAAAUCUUAAAUCAAAAAGUGAUCCAGAGAAAUAUUUAUCGAAUCCCUUAAAUGCGUUUUCACUUAUGCGUCGUAUGCAAGCAGAUUGGAUUAGUUGGGAACUGUUUAUGUCGAAAUCCGUUGGUGAAGCUAAUAUAAAAGCUGUGCAGCAGUUGAGGGAAAAUGUGCCUGACGCUAAAGAUCUUUCCGAAGCAAUAUCUGCAAUUUACCGCCUGCAAAGAACUUAUGACUUAAAGGCAUCCGAAAUGGCAGCUGGUUACUUACAUGGCAAUCAAUAUGAGGCCAAACUAUCAUCACUCGAUUGUUAUACAAUAGGAGUGGGGCUGUUUGAUCGAGAGAUGUACUAUGAUGCAGGGUUCUGGUUAUAUAUCGCGCUAGAGUCAUAUGAUCAAAAUGAUCUUUUUACUGCUAUUGAAUUUAAUAAAGUGAAGAUUUUAGAAAUGUAUGCGGAAACAAUGCUGAAGCAUAAUAGACCAGAAGAUGCUCUUUUAGUAUUAGAUAAGGCAAUUGAUUUAUCUCCGCGAAGUGCAACACUUCUGAGUAAAAAAAUUGAUAUUAAAGCAAAGAUAAGAGUAGAUAAGUCACCACCCAAAGUUUAUUCGAUUAAGGAACCAUCUGAUUAUGAACGAGGAUGCCGUGGAGAAUACGACGAUAAAAUGCCUCAAAUGUAUUGUACUUUUAAUACCACGACUACGCCAUUUCUACGAAUUGCACCUCUUAAAAUGGAGAUUGUGCAAUUAGAUCCCUACAUGGUUAUCUACCAUGAUGUGAUAUCUGACAAAGAAAUAGCUAUUCUCAAACAUAUGGCAAUACCACAACUAAAAAGAGCUACAGUCUAUAGUGAAAAUUCUAGUAAAAGUGUUGUGGUUGACAGGCGAACUUCUCAAUUCGCGUGGUUUUAUGAUAAAACAAAUGAUGUGACAAUACGACUCAAUGAGCGGAUAACUGACAUGACAGGUUUUAAUUUGGUGGGAUCGGAAAUGUUGCAGGUGAUGAAUUACGGUCUCGGAGGUCAUUAUGAUACACAUUAUGACUUUUUUAAUGUUUCUGCGGAUACCGAAAUUAUACGUACAACUGGAAAUAGAAUUGCAACUGUCCUAUUUUACUUAAGUGAUGUUGAACAAGGAGGUGCAACGGUUUUUCCAAAUAUAGAAACAUCUGUUUUACCAAGGAAAGGCAUGGCAGUUAUGUGGUAUAAUCUUAACAAUAGAGGGGACGGAAAUUGGUUGACAUUGCAUGCAGCUUGUCCUGUUAUAGUUGGAUCCAAAUGGGUAUGCAAUAAGUGGAUAAGGGAACGAAAUCAACUAUUUACAAAGCCCUGUGCCAGGGAGUAAUAUAUGAUCUAAUGAAAUGUUAAAAAUGGAAUGAAAUAUUAAAAUCUGUUAUAGACACUAAUUAUUAAAGCUAAAAUAAUA